UCCGCUAUAAAUUUCCUUGAAACCCUUCUCUCUCUCUCUCUCUCUCUCUACAAUUUUCGUUAUCUGUCCGUCUGUCUUUCUUCCUCCUCCUCAGUAUCAAUGGAGUUUUGGGGUGUUGAAGUAAAAGCUGGGCAGCCUCUUAAGGUCAAUCCUGAAGUAGGCAGCGUCAUACACAUUUCCCAGGCAGCACUGGGUGAGGGAAAGAAGGGAAAAGGAAAUGACAUUGUCCCUCUUUGGGUGAAUAUUAAUGGCAAGAAAUUAGUUCUAGGAUCACUUUCUGCAGAGAAGUUCCCUCAAGUUUCAUUUGAUUUGGUGUUUGAGAAAGAAUUUGAGCUGUCACAUGACUGGAAAGAUGGGAGCGUCUACUUUUGUGGAUAUUCGGCAGAUAAUCAGUUUGACGAAGAUGUAGAAGACGAGUUUGAUGAGGAUGAUUCUUCUGAGGAUGAAGAUAUACGCCGACUCAUCACAGAGAAUGGGAAAGAUGAAUCUAAAGGUGAGGAAGCAAAGCCUGCUGCAAGUAAGGGUAAAGCUGCCAAGCUGCCAAAGGUGACUGUUGUGGAGCCAAAAAAAGAUGAUGACAGUGAUGAAGAUGAUGAUACAGAUGACGAUGAUGAAGAUGUUGACAAGGUCAUGAUGGAUGCUUCAGAUGAUAGUGACUCGGAGGACGAAGAUGAUACUGAUGAAGAAGAUGAUGAGGAGGAAGAAGAUGAGGAGACGCCUCAGAAAGCUGAACUCAGCAAGAAGAAGAGACCCACUGAAUCUGUGAGUAAAACACCUGUGCCUGCUAAAAAGGCAAAAUUAGAUACACCUCAGAAGACAGAUGGGAAAAAGGGUGGUGGUCAUACAGCAACUCCCCACCCUGCAAAGCAGGCCGGCAAAACUCCUAAUACUAGCGAGAAGUCGAAGGAGAAGACUCCGAAGUCUGAUAGCAAAGUUUCUUGCAAAUCUUGCAGCAAGACAUUCAAUUCGGAAACUGGGCUUGAUUCUCAUACAAAGGCCAAGCAUGGUGGCAAAUAGACGUUGAAUCCAACACUCUGCUGAAGUGUUAUUUUUGCUUUCUGGAGAUGAAUUGGAAGUUUGGAAGCGCUUUGUUUUAAUGUUUUGGUAGGUUUUUUCUGCACUGGAUAUGAGAUGAAAUGAAAGACUCGUGUCAACAU